UAAUUUCUUUCCGUGUAUCCGACGCAUGUCAAAAUAUCACAAACAAGCUGGCAAAAAAGCAUUAUUUUCAUAUAAAAAUUUGUCUCUGCAAUAUUCUGUAUUCAAGUUAUAUUCUCCCUCAAAGCUUUUUCAUAGCAAUUAUUUUACAUAAACUAACUGACUCACGCCCCCCACAACCGUUGUAAACAACCAGCAACGGACAGAAGAAGCAAUGUCCUCGUCGGAGGAAAGAGACGACGGUGGAGGACAGUCAUCCGGUGAGUCCGAAAUCAAAAUCAAAGAAGAACCCGCCGAUGACUCCGUCGGCAACAUCAUGAUGGAUGUGGACGGUUCCCCACCGCCGGCGUUUGGCCCAGCCGCCCUGGGGCUCCAUCCCGUCGGCACGAAAUUCCCGGAGAAAACAACUCCCACGCAACCCGUUCAGACCCUGAAUGCACGCGGGAUGCCCGCUAGAAUACGGAAGAAGAACAAGCUAUUCUUCGAUGAUGACUUGCUGAUCAACGAUCGGAUUCCGCCGAAGGGAAGCCCACGAAAGGGUGGCACUCCCGGGGGACCGGGGUCGGCAACUUCGUCGCCACAGAAGGGAAUGGUAACUCCGGGGAAGAAUUUGACCCGUUCUGGACAAAAGAAGAAGAUGCUAUCGCGGUACGUCAAGAUGAAGGACAGUUUGAAGAAACGCAAGGAAGAUCCGGAUGAAGGGACGAGCGCACUGCGGGUGAUCAAUCCAGUGGCCCUGCUGGACAAGAAAGCGAGCCAGCGGAUCGGACUUCGCUUGCGAAACCUGCUGAAGCUGCCGAAGGCGCACAAAUUUGUCAGCUACGAAUGGUUUUACAGCAAUAUCGAUCGAGCGCUGUUCGAGGGCGAGAAUGACUUCCAGUUGUGCCUAAGGGAAAUGUAUCCGGAUCUGAAAACAAGACAUUUGACAAGAGCUGAGUGGAACCGAAUUCGCAGGACUAUGGGAAAACCGAGACGUUGUUCGGUAGCCUUCCUCGAGGAGGAACGUCGUGAGUUGGAACGGAAGCGACGUAAGAUUCGUCUACUGCAGACCAAGCGAUCCGGAGACCUUUCCUUCGUUCGGGAUCUUCCCAAGGAGAUCCCUCAGCAGCUUUCAGUGGGUACAAAGGUGACGGCUCGUUUGCGUUCCCCUCAGGAUGGUUUGUUCACGGGAACCGUGGAGGCAAUUGAUGUGAUGUCCAGUUCAUAUCGGGUGUGUUUCGAUCGGCCCGGUUUGGGAGCCCAUACGAUUCCCGACUUUGAGGUUGUAGCCAACGAUAAUCCGGAAAAGAUUGCUCUGAAUACGAUCACGAAGGACUUCCGGCCAAAGUAUCAGAAUGCUUCCUUCUAUGUCGCAUCACCUGCCGUUAAAAAUCCCAUUACCGGUAUAAAAGGCGAUCCUUUGUUGGGGGGUGACAGUUAUCCGAAGAUUCCCGGAAUGCCCGAGAACAAGAUGCUCUUCCCGAAGGAUAAUAUUGGGGGAUUUCCGGUAAAGCUGCUUGAGUUGAUUAUUCGAACGAGAAAGACGCUGUCGGCGAAGCAGAUGAAAUUACUUCGGUUGCAGAAUAUGAACUCGGAAGCGGAGAUCUACAAGUCGUACGGUGACCCAUUUCCAGAGGAAUUCCAAAAGCGAUACGCCUCGCUGGUGGUGGCAAUGGAAAAGCUCAAUCGAGAUAUCCAGCAGCAGCUGAACCAACUGCAGGUCAGUUGUAAGAAUUUGGCACCGGAUCCGGCCGUUGUGGCGAUGAUUUCGCCGAGUCAUCUAAGGGAGCAGUGUCGCGACCAGGCGGACGAAACGUUCGACAAGAACAAUAACGGCCAACUGACGAACGACACGAUGAUUAAGCUAAUCAAGGAUCUCACCACGAUCAUGUACGUGGCUUCCAACCUGGGCAAGAACGGCGACCAAACGGAGCACUGCCUGCAGGUGCUGAAGGGCUGCAUGGAGGAAACCAAGGGCCGGUUAGACUUCGAAAACAUGGCAUCGUUCCAGCGGGGUGUGGUGCAGCACAUGAAGCACAUUCAGGCCGGUUUCGAGGCCGCUCACAAGCAGAAAGUCGCCGAGGAGCAGCAGCGGCAGCAGUUGCUCGAUCAGCGGCAAUUGGAAGUAGAAGCAGCGGCGACGGCGGCAGCAGCAACAAUGAAGGUAGAUUCCUUUGGGAACUAAACUCGAGGUAGGGCGAAGUGGGUGUGUGCAUUUUUGUAUUUUCUUUUGUAUGAAUUUUCCGAAAGGUUAGAUUUAGUGCAGAUUUUUUUUCUUUGAGAUAUCUAAUGAAUUACGAUAUAAAUAAAUAAAUUCUAUGAAAAAUA